AUUAGGUGAAAAAAUGGCACAACAGAGUGGCGCUGGUUCACCCCAGCAAUUUUGUUUGAGAUGGAACAAUUAUCAGACAAAUUUAACAAAUGUCUUUGAUCAAUUAUUGCAGAGUGAGAGUUUCGUUGAUGUGACACUCGCUUGCGAUGGACAUUCGGUGAAGGCCCACAAAAUGGUCCUCUCAGCGUGCAGUCCAUACUUCCAGGCAUUGUUCUUUGAUAAUCCGUGUCAGCAUCCAAUUGUCAUAAUGAAGGAUAUAAAGUGGCCGGAGUUGAAAGCCGCUGUUGAAUUUAUGUACAAGGGUGAAAUAAAUGUGUCGCAGGAACAGAUUGGUCCACUGCUCAAGGUAGCGGAGAGUCUUAAGAUUCGAGGCUUGGCCGAUGUUAACAAUGAGCAGGAGCUGAUAACAAGACCAACGUUGGAGGACGCGGCACUUAAUAUGCUGCAUCGAAAGAAACGUCGCAGGGGUUCUGGUGAGAGGUCACCGUCCGCCAAUAGUCCGGAUCAAAAUAGUUCAGAGGAUCAUGAUCCCGGCAGUAUAAUAUCGGCUGAGGUUCACGGCCUUGGCUCAUCGUCAACACCAAGAUCACUCGGGUCACCGAACGCACCAUCAAUAUCGGUGACACCUCAAAUAAAUCUACAAGAGCUUCCGGUAUCAUUGUCAUUGCCACCACCACCGCCGCCGUCAGUGAGCAGUCAAAGCUCUCACCCUGGCGUCGGUCACCACGUGCUUGGCCACGUGACUUCCGGUCCGCACGUGUCCGUGAAUCAUCUCGGAUCUCAUGCCGCUCAGCAGCUGUCAAUUCAACAAGCGCAGCAAGCUCAACAGCAGGCGCAACAAGCACAACAACAACAACAGCAGCAACAGAGAGAUAUUAAUCAAACGAUUGGACCCCCGGAGGACCUCGAGAUCAAACCGGGCAUCGCGGAGAUGAUUCGUGAGGAGGAAAGGGCCAAGUUGUUGGAAUCGUCCCACGCUUGGCUCGGUGCCUCCACCUCCAGUAUAGCAGACAGCUACCAGUACCAGCUGCAGUCCAUGUGGCAAAAGUGUUGGAACACCAAUCAGAGUCUGGUACACAACCUUCGCUUCCGAGAACGCGGACCUCUCAAGUCCUGGAGGCCAGAAACUAUGGCGGAGGCGAUCUUCAGUGUUCUCAAGGAGGGACUGUCCCUUAGUCAAGCUGCCAGAAAAUAUGACAUCCCAUAUCCAACAUUCGUACUCUACGCAAAUCGAGUGCACAAUAUGCUUGGGCCAAGUGCCGACGGAGGGGCUGAUCUUCGACCAAAGGGACGAGGAAGGCCGCAGAGGAUUUUAUUGGGUGUUUGGCCAGACGAGCAUAUUCGAGGAGUGAUUCGUGCUGUCGUUUUUCGCGAUGGACAUUCGCCACAUAUGAUUAAAGACGAGGCAGCGACGAUGUAUCCGAGUUUGGCAAAUUACGCUGCCUGCAAUGGACCGGAAGGUGCUGUUAGUCCUGGCGCAGCUGCAGCAGCUGCAGUCGCAGCAGUCGCACAAGAGAAUUAUAGAAGACGAAGUCCUAAGGAGAAAGUGAAACUAUCAUUUGAAGGCAACCACAUGUUUGACAUUCAAGGUCUAAGGCAUCAGAUGUGCAGUAUGGUAGCAGCGGCGCACUCACAACACGAUAUGCUCGCGACGAAUCUCUCGACAAGUCUCUCGUCGAAUCUCCAAGCGGCGAUGCAGCAAGCGAGCCUGCAUCAUCACAACAACAAUAACACCAGUGGUCUCGGUGGUAAUAGCAACAACAAUGGCAAUUCACCACUGAAUCUCGGCCUGGCGAGUCCAGGCUCAGGUCCACCCGAAAGUCCAAUGGAAAGUCCCCUGGCGAGUCCUCUCGGUCCACUAAUGGAUCCCGGACAUUUACCCAGCAGUGUCGAAGUUGGCAUUGGCGUCAGUGGAAUGACCUACAAGCCAGCUCGAAGUUUCGUCAGUCCACGGCCCGAAACACUCUUCCAAGAGGACAUUGCCGAUCUCGUCAAAAGUCCGCACAGUCUCAAAGAAAAGGACAAAAUUUCAGUGAAACUCGAACCACUCACGGACUCUCGGUGCGAAUAGUAAGCUAUCAAAAAAAAAGAAGAAGAAGAAGAAGAAAAACAAAAGCGAAAAAUUCUGAAAAAUUCUUAGGAAUUUUCUUCUUAGGAAAAAAAUAAAACACACGAGGUGAUUGCGAUGACCUUCCAGAGGUAUACGAUAACAAGACACUCACUCAGGGGUCGUUCGCGCGCUUCCGAAUCUCGAGGUCUCGCCAAAUUGUCGUAAUUCAUUGGGAAUAUCAAAGAAGGUCGAGACCAGGAUCGAAAAUACCUUAUCCGAGAUUCCUGGCGCUUCUUUCGGAUAUACAUAUAUACAUACGAGUGCUUAUAUAAUAAGUAAGAUAAUUAAGAAGAGGGUAUUAUUUACGUAUACAAGGAGGACAGCGUCGAUUACAAGGCGAGGCUAACAAUCAAAAAAAAAGAUUUUUCAAAAAAAAAUCAGAGGACGAAAAGUAGCUUUUAGAAAAUGACUUGUAAGUCCCGGUUCUUCUCGUCAUCAGGACUCGAUACCUCCCCCAUCCCCCCUCAAAGAAUUUUCGAGUCCCGGUGAUUGGCUGGCGAACGCCAAAAAAAUCGCUCGCACCCACGUAUCGUUUAUUAUUAUUAUUACAAUAAUUAUUCUUUUUUGUUUUUUUUUUUACUUUUUUUUUUUAUUUUAGUAAAUACCGUAGAAACCUGGUUGCAUUGCCGCCUUAGAGCGCUGCACCACUUUCCAGUCUAGAUAAUCGUGUCGUGUCGAUGGACGCAUUAAAAAUAUGCAUAUAAAUGUAGGUGCCGUCGCGAAAAUGACGCGAGGUAAGAGCAAGUACUAUAUGUUAUUUAUACUUACGCAUAUACGAUACUAUACGUUAAUGCCAAAUGUAUAAUAGUUUUUAAGAGUUCGCAAAAAAGACGAUUCACGGCUGACCGACGCCUCGUCUACUCAUUUCAGUGAUACUGAGCAAAAAAAAAAAGGCCCCAAUCGCGGGCCCUAUUCUAAGCCAGCUCGAGCAAAACGCUUUUAUUUUUUCAAAAAAAAAAACAAACAAACAAAUAAAAAUUUACCCUCGGCCAUCGACUCUUCAUUAUUAACUUCCAAUUUAUGUUUUUCGAUUUUCAAAGUCUUUGAAUUCAUUUUUUCUACUUCAAAAAAAUUCAUUCAUUAUUUGUUACAAGUUGAUUAAAUUAAAAUUAAUUAAUUUAAAUUAUUUGCCUAAACAGGAAAAAAUUAUGACGAAUUGUAAAAAAAAUUAUUUCUGAUGCUUUGUUAUCUCGUAACAACUUGGUUUUACUAAGAGACUAGAUCUUUAAUGAAUUUAUCUUUUUUAAAUUCAGAAAUAUUUUUUUAAAAAGGUAAUAAUUACACCUGUAAUUAUACUUUCCAGAUUGUUUACUAAUGCGCAAAUUUUUCAUGUCCGAAUUUUUUCUGUUUUUAUUUUUAGACAGUAAAAAUUCUCCAUUUUUCCCCAAACUGUAGUAAAUUUUACAAAAUUAAAACAAAUUGUCAAUUUUGAAAAUCUGUUUGAAAAUUAUCUUUGGAGUUGCUAAUAUUUAAUAU